CUGAGCCUGAUCCCCACGUGUGACGCUUUUGGCUUCCCGCUUCAGUAACACUGCUGCUGCGCUUCUCUUUAUUGCUCGUCGCGCUCUCUCUCGCUCUCUCUCUCUCUCUCUCCCUUUCUCUCUCCCAGAGUGUGUGUAUGAGUGCAUGAGUGUGUGUGUGAGAGAGUGUGUGAGAGGCUCGUAGUUUUUACUGCCCGCUAGUUUUGGAUCAGAGUUGCUAUGGAUGGAGACGGGAGCCAAGCCACGUCCGGAAGCCCGAGCGACGCGCACCAUGACCCGGGCAAAAUGUUCAUCGGUGGCCUGAGCUGGCAGACCUCACCAGACAGCCUUAGGGACUAUUUCAGCAAAUUCGGGGAAAUCAGAGAAUGCAUGGUGAUGCGAGACCCCACAACCAAACGCUCAAGAGGCUUCGGAUUCGUUACGUUCGCAGACUCCGGCAGUGUAGAUAAAGUCCUAGCGCAGUCGCACCAUGAAUUAGAUUCAAAGACGAUUGAUCCCAAGGUGGCCUUUCCUCGUCGUGCUCAGCCUAAGAUGGUCACAAGAACGAAGAAAAUAUUUGUGGGCGGGUUGUCGGCGAACACAGUGGUGGAGGAUGUGAAGCAGUAUUUCGAGCAGUUUGGAAAGGUAGAGGACGCUAUGCUCAUGUUCGACAAGACCACUAACAGACACAGAGGCUUCGGCUUUGUAACUUUCGAGAAUGAAGACGUGGUAGAGAAAGUCUGUGAAAUUCAUUUCCAUGAAAUCAAUAAUAAAAUGGUAGAAUGUAAGAAGGCUCAGCCCAAGGAGGUGAUGUUCCCGCCCGGCACACGAGGCAGAGCCAGGGGUCUGCCCUACACCAUGGACGCCUUUAUGCUGGGAAUGGGUAUGCUGAGUUACCCUAACAUUGUGGCAACGUAUGGCCGCGGAUACACUGGAUUUGCCCCGAGUUACAGCUACCAGUUUCCCGGUUUCCCGACAGCAGCGUACGGCCCGGUGGCAGCAGCGGCGGCAGUGGCGGCAGCGAGAGGCUCAGGUAGGGGAGCCCGAGGAAGAGGCAGCUACAUGGCGUACCCACAGAACCCGGGGCCAGGCUUUCCCGAUUACGGGUUUUAUUCUGCGCCCGGUGACCAGCGGGCGGCGCCCUGCUCCUUUGCCGACUAUGGCUCCCUGGGGCCCCAGGCAGCUCAGAUGCUGCAAAGCGAGCACGCCACGUCCGCCUGCAACUCGCCCCUGCAGCACCUCCACAGCCCGGAUCAGUUUAAGAGCCCAGGUGCUAACCCUGCUCGUCCCGGAGCCUUCCCAGGUGCCAACAGUCCGGGGCCCGUAGCUGAUCUGUAUGGCCCAGCCAGUCAGGACUCGACUGUGGGGAACUACAUCAGUGCUGCUAGCCCUCAGCCUGGUUCUGGAUUUAGCCACGGCAUAGCUGGUCCCUUGAUUGCGACGGCUUUUACAAACGGAUAUCAUUGAAACCCAACAGGUGGUCGGUCGCCAUCUCAGUGGAGAUUCUUUCUGGAGGUCCUAAAAAAUGGACCAAAGUUUCUAACUGGUUGUUGUACAGUGAUGACAUGAGACUUCAAGCACUGCAGCAUCCCACUGAUGAAAGAGACAGAGGGUGGCACCAUGAAGAAGAAAAGAACAAAGGAUACGUCAAGCUCAUUUCAGAAAAUAACUGCUGUACCAUAACACCCCCACCCCCCUCUAGUAACUACAUCACUUUUAUUUCUUCUAUAAAGCAUUUUAUUUCUCUUUAUUUUCAUUUCUUUUGCUUUUAGUCGAUUGAGUUGCAUAGGUAAGGAAGGUUUGUGAUCAUUGUGUCGUUUUGAUUUCUCUUAUAUUGUUUUACGUGGAUUUUUCUUUGUUUUUUUUGGCAUUUUGGCAAGUGUAGUUUAAGUGUUUACUGGUCAUGUCUGAAUUAUGUUACGGUACUAAUUGUUGUAAAGCUCCGAUUUUAUGGUGUCAUAUUUGCACAAAAAAGGUUAAAGAUACACAUAAAGCUCUGAGAGAACAUGUCAGCACAUUUCAUGUGGAGUGAAAACGAGAGGUUAACUGAAAUAAUUGAUCUUAGUAGCUGUUUUUAAUUCGUGUGAUGUCUCAUUGUCGAUCAUGAUUACCUAUUUUUGGGCAAUACAAAGAGGACUCCAAUAUUUUUAUGGUCCUUUUUUUAUAAGUGUCGUUUUUUUGUUGUUUAGGGGAAAAAAGAAAGAAAACUGUAUACUAUGGCAUUUUUUUCAAAUGAAUACAUUGUGAAUCCAGAUUUAAGAAAAAGAAAUGUAACUGUAAAUAUUAUUCCAGUCGAUGCAUAUAACCAACUCAAGAACAGAAGAAGAAGAAAAAGAAAAACAUAUUUUUCUGACCGUGUGUCAAAAGAAAUUGUUCCAGGGUGUGAAUAAAGAAAAAAAGAAAAUAUAGGUCUUAACAGAUUAUUAUAAUAUAGUUGUCACACAGUGACAAAUCAGAUCUAUCUGACAGCUGCGUCGCUUGCUGUGUAAAUACUCGAGCUGAAUAAUUUUCCAAGUGUCAUACCAGCAUAUUUACAAACCGGUGACUACAGGGCACUGCUCGGAGUGAGGGACGGACGGGUGCUGUGGAGGCUUUUAUCUUGUAUAUAGGGAUAAAGCUUGAUAAUAGUUUUGAGAGAACAACGUUUCAAUCCAAAGCACACUGUAGGUAGUGUUGAACAUUUUACUCUACAUGACCUGACAUUUUUAUACUCCUGAAAAAAAAAAUGACUGUUAUUCUGUUGUUGUUUGUCUUAUGGUUUUAUCUGACUUUGGAACUUAUAGCUAGGCAUGUGCCGAUAAUUGGUUAUUGCAAAUUUGACCACAUGAUAAUGUGAUAUGUUAUAAUCUGCAAUGCUUGUACUACAGCUGGACAGGCAGCAUGUUUGCCGGCAUUUCCAAAAUAGAAUUGUCUCUAAAUGAUUAAUACUAAUAUAGUUAUUGGGAAUAAAGCUACAAUACGUAAUAGCGAUUUGGUAACCUCUGGUCAAAGAACUAUUUUGUUAGGUCGUUACUACCAACUAGCAUGAAAAAUAUGUUAGAAAUAAGUUGUGCUGUGUACUCAGUUUUCAUGCAGAUUAAUCUGACAGUUAGAAACAGCAAAUCAAUAAGAUUGUGCAGCCUGCCUGCAAGUCAAAAACAUCUUAUUGCACCCAGCUUUUGGCAGCAGUUGGUAAAAUUAUCUUGUCCAGUUCUGUCCUGUAAAACUACUAAGAUUAUCACCACCGUGUAAAAUCUGUUUAAGACUGAAUCAAGACUCUUGUUAGACGUCGUCACAGCAGAUCAUCUGUCUACGUAUUUGAUUUGGCCUUCCUCCUAAUGGCUAGAUUCAUGUAUCUGUAUUUGUGGAGCCCAGACCUGGAUUCUAACACCAGCAGCAUGGCUUUUACCAUUACUCCACACAAGUUCACUAAAAUCACACUAAUUAUAACAGCUGGACUUAUGUCCAUCAGUUAACUUGUAUAGUUCGUUGCUCUAUGUUCGUCUGCCAUAUUUGUAAUUUUUUUUGUGAUAAAAGUUGUGCUGCAUUGAAUGCUGGGAUUGCCUUCACUGCUUAUGAAGCAUUGGAUGCUUUCUCAUUAUUAAGUCAGAUUAUCUCUUAGAAUUAAGGCACCUAUGUAGGCAGCAUUAUUUAGACAGCCUUCCUCCAGGGAGCGCACGUAGGAUGCUGCCUAUGUAGAAAACUUACUAUGUUUUCAGACUGACUCAUAGAUUACCCUAUAGAUUACCCAUGAGCAGUUUCUUGUAUUAGAUCAUGAAUUUAUGUGAUGCAUCUUUGUGUGGAGUCGCUGGUGUGUUGGGUACAAGUUUAACCUAUUUAGUUAUUAGUAGAGGAAAAAAGCUUUAAAAAUACCAUGGCAGUUCAGAAAUGCCAUACCCAGUGCUUCUUGUGUAAUUUAAUAUUGGCACAUGCCUAGUUGCAGCUCGUUCUUUUAAAUAAUCGAGGAAGGCAAACUUUUCACACCAAGGGUUCUUAACCUGGGGAUCGAAACACCUAAAUGGGUUGUAACCUAAGGCAACAUGAUCAAGCUGACAGGAGCAGCUGAAAAUAUGAAUACUAAGAGUCAUGUACAACUAACACACAACACAAAUAUCAGAAAUAAAAAAUCUAAAUAAAAAUAUGAUAAAAAUGCCUACAGUUAUGAUUAAAAGUUUACAUACACUUGUAAGGUACAGUCUUGGGAUUCCAGUGAUUUCUGGAACUGAAAGACUGAAACUGCACCCUGUGAAAGUACAAGGAACAGUAGCUAGCACUAUUUAACACCAUGUCAAUGUAAAGCUCACUUGACUGUGCACAGUGUCCAAAUGACCCAGUCACUAAUUCAUAGCAGACCUGUAGACUGUUUAGACAAAUUCUCAUUCAGCAUAAUGUUACUGUUUGUUUUUCCAACUUGGACAAGAAGCCAUUGUUGCUUGUACUUUCUUUUAAUGGGUGCAGUCAUGAUAGCCCAGUGUAUAUGGCCACAGAGAAGUCACCAGCUGUAGUCAGUCAUAACCACUAUAAGGAAUAAAGAGGCCGUGACACAAUGAUAAAGGACGUUAUAGAACUGUGUACACCAGGAAAGUAAUAAUCUAACGUUACUGUAUGUAUAUUUUAUAUUAUAUAUUCUGUAUUAUAUAUUUACAGGUGUAUGUAAACUGUAUAUUCUCUUUAACUAUAUUAUCUAUACUAUGUGCAUUUGUGUGUUUUGGGAAGGGGUAAUGACAUAUUUUUAGCCUCAGAAGGGGGUUACUCUGAAAUAAAGGUUAAGAACCCCUGAUUUGUACCAUACCUCAGUGCUGUGAGUGUCAGGGUGGAAAUGUUGAGAGGUGUAAUUACGUUUCUGAGAGAGUAAACAGGUAAACCAUGCUGAUCUGAGUAAAAAAAAAAAAAAAAAAGGUUCAAUCAUUAUUGCACUGUGACCAGUGGAAAAGCCCUGACCGCUUUCUUUUUGCACAUGUUGGCUGUGUUGAAAGCUCCUUGACCAGGGUUUUGUGUACGAAGACUCUUUAUGAAUGUUACAGGAAUAGAGUGAGCGAGAAGAAAAGCAAUCUCUAGACCUCAAGCUCAGAUUUCAUUUCAUCCGGCCUCGGCUCUAAAAUACGGACGUGUUUUAGAUCCGGCCGAUAGAAGACACUGAAUAUGUUCGUGCGGAGAACCAGAGCUGCUGUGCUGAUUUUUGAUUCUUGUGUGUAUAAAGGAGGGAUAGAAAUGCUGUUUUAAUGAAAUGAUUUUAACAUGCGGAUUGUUGAAGGUGUUGAUCGAUGUAUAUUUGUACAUUUGUCUCUUGUUUCCUGCUGCAAAUGUAUACUACAUUUUUUUGUUUGAUUUUCUUUUUUUCUUUUAAUUCUUUUGGUUUAUUUGAUGUACUCUGAUGCUCCGAGUAACCAGGUGAAGCAAAAUGCUGGAUGCUUUUUACAUGAUCUAGAGAUAAGAUCAAGUAAUAAUUUAAAGAAACAGAAAAAAGAUGACUAUUGUAAUGUUCAAAUGUACAAGACAAAAAAAUGAAAUACAAAACUUUGAAAAAAGGAAA